AUGGAGCUCAGGGAGCCCGAGAACCGUGAGGAUGGGGACCCAGAGGAGGACACAGCUACAGCCCUCCAACGGCUCGUGGAGCUGACAGCCACCAGGGUGACCCCAGUGAGGAAUCUGCGUGUCCCGUACCGCCUCAUCCGAGAGCUCGGCUCUGGCUCCUAUGGCCGCGUACUCCUUGCCCGGCCUCGCCAAGGAGGUCCAGCUGUGGCUCUGAAGCUUCUUCGUCGGGACUCAGUCCUGAGAACCACCUUCCUGAGAGAGUUCUGUGUGGGCCGCUGUGUCUCAUCACACCCAGGCUUACUGCAGACCCUGGCAGGACCCCUGCAAACCCCCCGACACUUCGCCUUCGCCCAGGAAUAUGCGCCCUAUGGGGACCUCAGCGGGAUGCUGAAGGAACGGGGCCUCCCAGAGCUGCUGGUGAAGCGGGUGAUGGCCCAGCUGGCCGGGGCCCUGGACUUCCUCCAUGGCCGGGGGCUGGUCCAUGCGGAUGUCAAACCAGACAACGUGCUGGUCUUUGACCCCGUCUGCAGCCGUGUGGCCUUAGGUGACUUGGGGCUGACCCGGCCUGAGGGCAGUCCAACCCCUGCCCCACCGGGGCCACUGCCCUCGGCCCCACCCGAGCUCUGCCUUCUGCUGCCACCGGACAGCCUGCCCCUGAGGCCAGCAAUGGACUCCUGGGGCCUGGGGGUGCUUCUCUUCUGCACUGCCACUGCCUGCUUCCCUUGGGACGUGGCACUAGCCCCUGACCCUGAGUUUGAGGCCUUUGCUGGCUGGAUGACCACCAGGCCCCAACCCCCUCAGCCACCCCCACCUUGGGACCAGUUUGCACCCCCAGCCCUGGCAUUGCUUCAGGGGCUCCUAGACCUGGAUCCCGACACUAGGAGCCCUCCACUGGUUGUCCUAGACUUCUUGGGGGAUGAUUGGGGGUUAGAGGGGAACAGAGAGGGGCCUGGGGGCUUAGGGAGCACGUCUAGUGAAGAUGCGGAGGAGGAGGAAGAGCGAGGAGCUAGCCUGGAGGAGUGGACAGACGAAGAGGAGGAGAAUGACAAAGAUGACAAGAGGAUGGGCACAGAUGGGGGAGCUCCCUGA